AAAAGAAUCUAAAAUUGUUAAAUAUAACGCGCCACUUUCGACCGAUCAAUGCUAUACUGUUGCGCUUGCGCUCAUUCUUUCAUCAGGUAUACGAAUGUAAACACGAUCAGCUGUUCGAAACUGUACAAAAUAAAUCCGACAUUAUUCGUCGAUUACAAUUGUAAACGAUAUUCUUUACUUCGUAACGUAAUUAUGGUUGUAUUUCGAAGUAUAACAGAAGACGAAUACAAGAAUGAACAUAUGAAGUUCCAACAAUUAUACGCAUUUCACGAGACACCCUUCGGGAAAUGUCUCAUCGCUAUAACCGACACCGACGAAGACGUCAUUUAUUUAGGAUUCGUCGAGGACGAGAACGAAGCUUUGAAAAUUCUAAAGCAGAAAUGGCCAAUAACUAAAAUAUUAAAGGAUAACGAAAAUAAGACGAAGAAUAUCAUUGAGAAAAUUUUUCAUCCUGACACAUCCGAUCUGCAUUCCGUUUGUGUUCUGAUGAAAGGUACCGAGUUCCAAAUUAAAGUAUGGAAAUCUCUAAUAAACAUUCCUAAAGGAACGAUUACUACAUAUGAAAAGAUUGCGCAGAUGAUAGAUAAUCCCAGAGCUGCAAUAGCAGUGGGAAAUGCAAUUUCCAAAAAUUAUAUUGCAUAUAUUGUACCAUGUCACCGUGUGAAAGGGAAGAAUGGCAGCAAUAAAUAUGCUUGGGGAGUAGAGCGGAAGGAAGCCCUCCUGGAAUAUGAAAGCCGACAUGUGCACGCAACAUAAAUUGCACAAAUACACUGGCAAUAAAUAUUUAUUUUCCUUACAUUGGAUCAUGUAAAAGUAUAAAAGUCCUUUCAUUAGUACAAUAAAAUACAAUGAACACACAUA